AUGGGGAUCCUGGAGAAGAUAUCGGAGAUCGAGAAGGAGAUCGCGCGGACGCAGAAGAACAAGGCCACCGAAUAUCACCUGGGCUUGCUGAAAGCAAAACUGGCCAAGUAUCGGGCCCAGCUCCUGGAACCAUCCAAAUCGGCUUCGUCCAAAGGAGAGGGCUUCGAUGUCAUGAAGUCGGGCGACGCCCGUGUGGCACUGAUCGGAUUUCCCUCUGUGGGUAAGUCUACCUUCUUGAGUCUAAUGACCUCCACAGCCAGCGAAGCUGCAUCCUAUGAAUUCACAACCCUGACGUGUAUCCCAGGGGUCAUUGAGUACAAAGGAGCCAACAUCCAGCUCUUGGACCUUCCUGGAAUCAUCGAAGGCGCAGCACAAGGGAAAGGCCGUGGCCGGCAGGUGAUUGCUGUGGCACGCACAGCUGAUGUCGUCAUCAUGAUGCUGGAUGCCACCAAGGGAGAGGUGCAGAGGUCUCUGCUGGAGAAGGAACUGGAGUCGGUGGGCAUCCGCCUCAACAAGCACAAGCCUAACAUCUACUUCAAGCCCAAGAAAGGCGGUGGCAUCUCCUUUAACUCUACAGUCACGCUCACCCAGUGCUCGGAAAAGCUGGUGCAGCUGAUCCUGCACGAGUACAAGAUCUUCAAUGCCGAAGUGCUCUUCCGAGAGGACUGCUCCCCAGACGAGUUCAUCGACGUGAUCGUGGGCAACCGGGUGUACAUGCCCUGCUUGUAUGUUUAUAACAAAAUUGACCAGAUCUCGAUGGAAGAAGUGGAUCGCCUGGCCCGGAAACCCAACAGCGUGGUCAUCAGCUGUGGCAUGAAGCUGAACCUGGACUAUUUGCUGGAAAUGCUCUGGGAAUACCUGGCUCUGACCUGCAUCUACACCAAGAAGAGAGGACAGCGGCCGGACUUCACAGACGCCAUCAUCCUCCGGAGAGGGGCCUCCGUGGAGCAUGUGUGCCACCGCAUCCACCGGUCGCUUGCCAGCCAGUUCAAGUACGCGCUGGUGUGGGGCACCAGCACCAAGUACAGCCCUCAGCGGGUGGGCCUCACCCACACCAUGGAGCACGAAGACGUCAUCCAGAUUGUCAAGAAGUAG